UAAAUAAGCUGGUUUUAGAUUCUUCUCAAUAAAAAAAACGCAUAGGAUAUACAAUCUUUGAAUGAUAGCAGCAUCUUUCAAUGGAAUUUCCUCAUCAUAGACAAUCACAGUCAUUAUCAAGUCAUAGGCAAUCUAAUUCAAUGUUAGCAUCUCCACAGUCCUCACCACUUUCACCCAACCAGACCCCAUUCUUCUACGCUCCCCAAGCUCCCACAAAUCAAGCUCUUUUCUUCCAUCAACAGCAGCAGCAAUGGGCGGCUGCUGCAGCUGCUUAUCACCAGCAGCAGAUGAUGUUCCAUCAAAAUCAUAUAUUCACACCACCAAACCCAGAUUUUACUGGCAGGCGAAGGACCUCCUCAGGUCCGCAAAGACCGAGUUCCACACAUCCAUACCAGGAAUCUAGGCAGCAAACCUAUUCACAAGUGGCUAGCCUAAACCCUCGCUCAACUGCUAGUCAUAGAAGGUCGAAAUCUGAUGCUCUAUCAAAAGAUGAUAUCUUAAUAAAAAAUACUACGAAAGCUACUAGUCGUCCUAUGGUAAAUAGAACUGAGAGUUCACCAGCAGCAGCAACUUCUAGUAAGAAGUAUGAAGAAGAAGUCGAUGAUUUUAGUCCACCUAUGGGCCGUAUUCGUAAUAACUCACACUCUUCGAAUGAUUCAAGGUCUUCGAGACAAUCAUCUAAUCAUUCUCCUCAAUCUACUCGUAAAGAUCCCCCAACUCUGAAUAACAAAUCAUCACAGCAGUCAACCAGACCUUCACCACUAUCACAACAAUCACCUCUUAUCUUAAAUGAUACUAUAACAAACAAGAAUGAAAAAGCUGGACUUAAAUCACGACUUAAACGGGCAUUGUCCAAUCAAAAUUCUAUGAAUCAAGGACCUGCUGAUGAUAGCGCGAUUAAUAAAGUUUCAACUAUUGCAUCACCUACUGUACCAAAAUCCCAGCCUGGUAAACAAUCACCUUCGCCUUCACCUCAAUUACCAACGAGAACUAGAGCAAUUUCUGAAUCCAAUAAGGUUAGACCAGGUGAAGCUAACGAAGCUAGUGAGAAACCUGCCAAAAAGCAUAGCAUUUUCAAUUCUAAAUUUAACGUUUCAACUGAUAACAUUUCAAUUUCUUCAGCCGCCUCUUCCGCAUCAGUUAUGUUACGUAAAAUCGGCAGCGUUGGUAAAUUGGCACGCAGAAGUUCCUUCGCUGGUUUGACAAACUUAUUUAAUAAAGAUAAAGAAAGAGAUAGCGGUGGUGAAGAACCAGAGGAUAUAAACAAUAAAUCUAUUGGAUCAAAGUUAAAAAAGAAGAAGAAGAAUAAACGCAAGAAAGAGCCAAGUAUAUCUGUUAGUCAUGCUACUGCUGAAGUUGAUAGACAUUCAACUAUCAAUGAAGAACCUGAACUUAUAGAUGGUUUAAGCCCUGCAGCCGCCUUAGUUAAACAACAUCAAGAGCAAGUAGCAGCAGCUGAAGCAAAAGCGAAAGCUUCAACAGGGCAUUCACAGCAUAAUGAUUUUAAUCACGCAGGUAGUGAUAAUAAAUCAAAGUUGCCAGGUGCAAUAGAUGUUAAAAGAGAUGAUGACUCAAUUUUAUCUCAAGAUGAUGAUGAUUUAAAUAAAGGUUUACAAGGCGUACAAAUACAUGAGGAGGAAUGGAAUACUUCACAAUAUGAUUCAUUGGAUGCUCCUCAUAGACGUGAACACACAUUGAAAGGAAUUUUGAAAGGAGCAAAAACAUACCGUCAAGAAGACUUUGAAGAGAGAAAUGAAAUACGCGGCCGCUCAAAUUCAUAUACUUUCGCAAAUGCUCUGAAAGAUGAAGAAGGACGUGAAGUACAACCGCAUGUUUCACAUCAACUACCCUCACCAAAUCCAGAUAAGAUUGAUGGAAUAUCAUCGAGACCUUCAUCCAUGCAUAAACCAAUUGAUAAACCAGUUGUCAAUCAUACAAAUUCAACAUCUGCAUUACCAAUUCAAGCAAUGAUUACAUUAGCUGCUCAGCCAAAGAGAAAAUGCUCAUUUGCAAACUCUAUGGGCAUUCAGCACACGUGGCCGGCGACGAUUUAUGAUAGAAGAGGAGAACCCGCAACUUGUAACAGGUUAACACCUGAAUUGGCUCAAAUGAUAAAAGAAGAAAUGAAUGCAUUUAAAAUGGAAGAGAUGAGAGUACACGCCAGUUCCAGGUUAAAUACACAAUUCUUCCUAUAAACAAAAAUGAUUUUACCCAAUUUUCUGAAAUAAAUUUUGUUUGAGAUUUGUAGAAAAUGUUUUUCUUUUAUAAUACCCA